AUGGAAUCCACGCCAACGCCAGACGUGACAAAUCCCUCUGGAGACGCACCCAUCGUCUUUCGCGCCAAGAAGAAGAAGGCCACGAUUCGAGCCCGACCCGAUCACAGCGCCUCAGCACUCGAUACCCCGAGCCUCCCCGUAAAUGACGAAUCCCACGUCGGCGCGCCUGUAACGAGAGAGACGGGGGAGGAAGAGGCGGAGGAUGAUGAAGGGCUUUCGGUCGCAGAACUCCUGCGGCGGCGUCGGAAACAGCAGAGGAUGAAAGGCGUAAGCAGGCCGCAUGGCGAGCUGGAAGAGGAGGAGAUACAAGAGCAGGCCCUCGUCCGGGCGGAAAAUGCCUUGGACAAUGCCGAUACUGUCCUAGGGGAUUCCGAAACGAUUCGCGGCGCAAACCGGCUUGGUCGGGGAGCUCGUGAACAAACACAUCUCACUAGGCGCCAGGCCGCACUGGGAGAGGGCUCGGCGCAACAGCAGCAGCAACAAGGUGAAACAUCGCAUACCUCACUUUCCGAAGACCACAGCCUCAAGGCACCGCCCGGUGCCUUUGAUCCCCAGAAGCGGACGAUGCACGGGAAGCUCAUGGAGGUGGAUCUUGGCGAAGAGUCUCGGAAUCACAACGUCGCCCUCACGGAAAAGGCCAAGAGGAAACUACACGGGCAGCCAGCCGACGACGGAGACGGCGACGGCAGAUUUUCAAGGAAAACGAGGCUGGGCAAGGACGGACAGCCCAUCCGAAAUAGAAAUCGGAGAAAUAGCGACGAUCUCAAACGAGACCAGCUCGUGGAACAAAUUCUACACGAAAGCAAACUUGACGUGUACCGUGUCCCAGAGGAGAACCCUUCUGCCGACGCCAACCGUGAAUACGAGGGCUCCGCGGACGACCGCAUCGCCGAAGAGUUCAAGCGUGAGUUCCUCGAUGCAAUCGCGCAGCGCCGCCAAAAGAGGCGAGCCGCGCGCCCCACUCGGCCUGCCGAGAAAAAGGCCGACCCCGAUGUCCUCCGUGGGCCGAAACUCGGCGGGAGCCGAAAUGUUCGUUCGGCCGUGCGCGAUAUUCUGCUUCAGCAGGAAAAGGAAAAAGCGAAAGCUUCGAGGAGAUGA